UCACAGCAUCAUGCAGCAGGUCACACAAGGCACCUCCUAGUAUUGCAUCUUACAGAUGUGCCGUAAACACCAAAAGAGGAUGAUUUGAACAGGACAUGUAUGAAAAUAUUGGCCUCCUGCGCUUCCUAUGCUCUCAUCAAGCAAACUCUGAAGACUCACAACUGGGACAAGUGAGGCAGCAUUAGACAGUGUGAAAACUGGGUUGCUUUCAGCUUUGUUCCACAGCUGGUCUUAUUCACCAUUACUGAAGGCAACACAGACAAAUGUUUGUCAGCAUCUUGAGAUCCUGAAUGGUAAAUCUCAGGGACUUGUGAAGUGGCUGCCCUCAAAUUUGUUUCUGCUGCUUGUUUGAGCUUCCACUCCUCCUUACUGCUGACUGUUUUUGAAAUAAAUAUGGUUUAGACUUUCCCAUGUUAGCCAUGGAUGUAGCAGUUGCUCCCAUGAGAACACAAGAACUGGAUUCGAUGCCGUCUGAUGCAUCUCCUAUGCUUAUAAACAUGACUCCUACAAUGGAACAAGAUGGGGAAGAGGAUGCCAUAAAGGAUCUUGAUUCUGGCCAGCAGUAUGAAAAGCCUCCUCCUCUACACACUGGGGCUGAUUGGAAGAUUGUUCUCCACUUGCCAGAAAUUGAGACCUGGCUUCGGAUGACAUCUGAAAGAGUCAGGGAUCUGACCUACUCUGUCCAGCAGGACUCAGAUAGCAAGCAUGUGGAUGUGCAUCUAGUACAGCUGAAGGAUAUUUGUGAAGAUAUAUCUGAUCAUGUUGAACAAAUUCACGCUCUACUAGAGACUGAGUUUUCCCUGAAGCUUCUGUCUUACUCUGUCAAUGUGAUAGUCGAUAUCCAUACAGUACAACUACUCUGGCACCAGCUACGAGUUUCUGUUCUGGUUCUGAGAGAGCGUAUUCUCCAGGGACUACAAGACGCCAAUGGAAACUACACCAGGCAGACUGAUAUUCUGCAAGCAUUUUCUGAAGAGACUAAGGAGGAUCGUCUUGACUCUUUAACUGAAGUUGAUGAUUCUGGGCAGUUAACCAUCAAAUGUUCUCAAAAUUACUUGUCCCUGGAUUGUGGUAUUACUGCAUUUGAACUAUCUGACUACAGUCCUAGUGAGGAUUUGCUUGGUGCUCUGGAUGAUAUGACCUCCAGCCAAGGGAAAGCAAAAUCAUUUGAAUCCUGGAACUAUAGUGAGAUGGAUAAGGAAUUUCCAGGACUUAUCAGAAGUGUGGGUUUACUUGCAGUAGCUACUGAUUCCAUUGCUUCCCAGUGUAAUGAAGCAUUAAAGGAGAAAGAAACAAAUGUACCUCUUUCAGCCGAAGAUGGAGAAGAAAGCAAAGACAAGAAAGCACCACAUGAUCUCUCACUAGCAUCUCCUUCUGCAAAUUCCUCUCUUUCUAAAGGACCUUGCUCUGAAAAUGUUAUUUUACCUACUGAGAGCAAACCAGUUUCCACAUCAAAGAAUCCAGAAUGCAGUCUUCCACAGCACACUGGUGAAAAAAUCAAACACUCUCACUGUGAAACCUCAACUCCCAAGAGGUCCAUAAGAGACUGCUUUAACUAUAAUGAAGACUCUCCUACGCAGCCUACACUGCCAAAAAGAGGUCUAUUUCUGAAAGAUGAUGUGUUUAAAGAUUGUAUGGAAGCUAAUGAUUUAAAAAGGCAAAUCUCUCAAAUAGUCAAAAAUGAAAUGAGUAGGAGUACACCCUCAUUGUUAGAUCCACCAGACAGGUCCAAGCUUUGCCUAGCUUUACAGUCACCCUAUACUAACAGUCCAUUUGCAGUUAGUCAGUCAUAUGAUUGCUUAAAUACAAUAAGUGAUAAAAAUCUUGAUUACACAAUAAAUAAUCACUUUAAAGACAGUCCCAUAAUUCUAGGAAAGUCUACUUUCUACGCCUCUAAAGAAAAAUCAAAGCACAAGAAGUGUCAUGAUGCUCCAGAGAAAGUGAAAGCUGGCAGAACAUCUGGAAAUAUUUGUAAAACAGCUCCAUCAACAGAAGACAAAAAAGGAGGAUAUUCUCUACAGAAUGGAAUCACUCCUCAUAACUCUCAGGCUCUGGAGGAGACGGAAACUGAUUCUUCUGCAUCAUCAGAUUCUUGUAACCAGAAAGAUCCAAAUGGGCAAUCACAAGGUAAAACUGAGUCCUUUAGUUCACCAACACAUAGCCAAAAGACUGCUUCUUCAGCUGGUUCUGAGCUUUCCAACUCAUCCCCUCUUCUACUGACGAGAAAGAAAAAUAAAAGCUUAUCCUCUACAACACACUAUACUCAAAAAACCAGGAAAGACAGUGAGGUGUGGUAUGGAUCUGAUGAAUAUUUAGCACUUCCUUCACAUCUCAAACAGACUGAAGUACUAGCUUUAAAACUAGAAAAUUUGACCAAGUUGCUGCCUCAAAAGCCCAGAAGAGAAACCAUUCAAAACAUUGAUGACUGGGAGCUCUCAGAAAUGAACUCAGAUUCAGAAAUGUAUCCAACAUACCAGACAAAAAAGCACAAAAAAAGGGGUAGAAUUUCACCAAGCUCUUCAAGUGAUAUAGUAUCCUCCUUAGGUGACAGUAUUGAAUCUGGGCCUCUCAGUGAUAUUCUCUCUGAUGAAGAUCUUUGUAUGCCUGUAUCUUGCAUUAAAAAAUACAUUGAAGAAAAGUCAGAAAGGACUGCUGUCACUCAGCCCACUGGGAAUGAGACUUCUGCUUCAAAUAAAUCAGCUUUAAUUCAUCAACUGAUGCAAGAUAUACAACAUCAAGAGAAUUAUGAAACCAUAUGGGAAAAAAUUGAGGGGUUUGUAAGCAAACUGGAUGAAUUCAUUCACUGGUUAAAUGAAGCCAUGGAAACAACAGAGAAUUGGACUCCUCCUAAAGCAGAGACAGACAGCCUUAAACUGUACCUGGAGACACACUUGAGUUUUAAGUUGAAUGUAGAUAGCCACUCUGCUUUAAAGGAAGCAGUGGUAGAAGAAGGACGCCAACUUCUUGAGCUUAUUGUAUCUCACAAAUCAGAAGGACUGAAGGACAUGCUGCAGAUGAUUGCAAGUCAGUGGAAAGAACUACAGAAGCAAAUCAAACGGCAACACAGCUGGAUUCUUAGGGCUCUGGAUAUCAUCAAAGCAGAAAUACUGGCUACUGAUGUGUCUGCAGAGAAUGAGGAAGGGACUGGGAGCCCUAAGGCUGAGGUUCAGCUAUGCUAUCUGGAAGCACAAAGAGAUGCUGUUGAACAGAUGUCCUUAAAACUGUACAGUGAGCAGUACAACAGUAGUAGCAAGCGAAAGGAAGAGUUUGCUGAUAUGUCAAAAGUUCACACAGUGGGAAGUAAUGGCCUUUUGGACUUUGAUUCAGAAUACCAGGAGCUCUGGGAUUGGCUGAUUGACAUGGAAUCCAUUGUGAUGGACAGCCAUGACCUGAUGAUGUCAGAGGAGCAGCAGCAGCAUCUUUACAAGAGAUACAAUGUAGAAAUGUCAAUCAGGCACCCGAAAAAGAUGGAACUGCUUAGUAAGGUUGAAGCUCUGAAGAAAAGUGGUGUUUUACUACCAAACGAUCUCCUUGAAAAAGUGGAUUCAAUUAAUGAAAAAUGGGAACUGCUUGGGAAAACCCUAGGAGAGAAGAUCCAAGACAUAAUGGUAGGGCACAGUGGGUUGGGUCCACGUGACCUGCUCUCGCCUGAAAGUGGCAGCCUGGUAAGGCAGCUGGAGGUCAGGAUCAAAGAGCUGAAAGGGUGGCUGAGAGAUACAGAGCUUUUCAUCUUCAAUUCCUGUCUGAGACAAGAAAAUGAAGGAACAAUGAAUGCUGAGAAACAACUGCAGUAUUUUAAGUCUUUAUGCUGUGAGAUCAAACAGAGACGUCGUGGGGUAGCCUCUGUGCUGCGAUUAUGCCAGCACCUCCUGGAUGAUCAGGAGACCUGCAACCUAAAUGCAGAUCACCAGUCCAUGCAGUUGAUAAUUGUAAACCUCGAGAGAAGGUGGGAAGCUAUUGUCAUGCAAGCUGUCCAGUGGCAAACAAGGCUACAGAAGCGAUUAGAAAAAGACUCGGAGCCUCUGAAUGUUAUUGAUCCCAGUUUGAUGGAUCUAAAUGGUCCAAGUGAAGAUGCACUAGAAUGGGAUGAAACCGACAUAAGCAAUAAGCUGAUCAGUAUUCAUGAAGACUUAAGCGAUCCUGAUCAGGAGCUCAAGAAGGAUGACCUAAACCAGAAACCUGCUUCAGGAGAAUGUGGUGAUAAUGAUGUGAAUGAAGACGAAAGUAUCAGUAGUCGUGGAAGUCCUCUUUAUUGUUCCAACAUUGCUUCCCCUCCAAAUCCUCAUGUCUAUCAGGUCUAUAGUCUUCAUAAUAUUGAAUUAUCAGAAAAAAACCACAUGCCUUUUUUGAAAAAAACAUCCAGACUCUCCAAUGUAACACAGUCUAACAUUUUAAACAAAAGUCUUAGUAAAGACUCAUCAUUUUCAUCUACCAAAUCCCUGCCAGAUCUAAUAGGGGGGACCACACUGACAAAACCUUAUAACUAUAUAUAUCAGAGUGGAAACAUAAGCAGGCAUUCUGAGAGUGAGAGUGGGAUAGUGAGUGAAUGUGAUACAGAAACUACAAAUAAUUCAGAAAUUUUUUUGCUAAAUGAUAUUGAAAGCACUCAGAGUAAUCCUGAAAUUGGGCAUGUGGAAAGUCAAGUGGAUGAUGUAAUACAUCAAAAAAUAAAGCAAGAUGAAGAAGACCAUGCUAGUCUCUCAGACGAUUUCCAGUUGGCACCUUCUGCAUGUUGUGGAAGUGAAAAUGGUGAGGAUUUGGACAGCAUUACCAUGUCUAACCCUGUUUCUUUAGAAGAAUUGCAAGGAAAACAUGACGUGUUUACAUUUUAUGAUUACUCAUAUCUUCAAGGCUCCAAAUUCAAAUUACCUGUGAUAAUGAAACAAUCACAAAUUGAAAAAACACAUACAGAGGGUAGUUUGUUUAAUGACAUUUGUUUUGAUAAAAUGCCUGGUAACUCUGAACAUAAGUCUGUAGAGUCACAACCAGAUGAGUUUAUUCAUGACCAUACUCUGGCAAGUAUUUGUGGAGAAUCAGAUCCCAAUUGCUGUAAAUCUGCAGAAACUGUAAGAAAAUUAACUGUUACAGAGAAUACAAGACUGGUUUCAGCUUUAUCUCGUAGUUCUUCAUUAGAAUCUCUGUCUGUAGUAGGGGAUUUAUUCAGCUCAGGUAUUUUUAAAAGUGGAGAUGGUCUUCAGCGAAGUACCUCUUUGGAGAGCUGGCUGACUUCCUACAAAAGCAACGAAGAUCUUUUUAGUCAUCAUGGCUCAGGAGACAUAAGUGCAAGCAGUGAUUCUGUUGGAGAGCUCAGUAAAAGGACAUUAGAUCUUUUGAAUCGCUUAGAGAAUAUCCAGAGUCCUUCAGAUCAAAAGAUAAAGCGCAGCAUCUCUGAUAUAACACUCCAAAGUAGCUCUCAAAAAAUGUCUUUUACUGGACAGCUGUCUCUAGAUGUUGCAUCUUCGAUCAAUGAAGAUUCAGCAGCUUCUCUCACUGAACUCAGCAGCAGCGAGGAUCUUUCUCUCUGCUCUGAAGACAUUGUACUGCACAGAAAUAAAAUACCAGAUUCGAAUGCAUCAUUUAGAAAACAUCUUAAUAGGUCUGUAGCUGAUGAGAGCGAUGUCAAUGUCAGCAUGAUUGUUAACGUCUCCUGCACUUCUGCUUGUACUGAUGAUGAAGAUGACAGUGAUUUGCUUUCAAGUUCCACUCUUACCUUAACUGAGGAAGAGCUAGGUAUCAAAGAUGAAGAUGACGACUCCAGUAUAGCAACUGAUGAGGAUAUUUAUGAAGAAUGCAAUUUAAUUUCAGGACUUGAUUAUAUAAAAAAUGAACUCCAAACCUGGAUUAGGCCAAAAUUUUCUUUGACAAGGGAGAAAAGAAAAAGUAACCUCUGUGAUGAAAUUCAACAUAGUAAAGAAGUUAGUAACGAGACAUCUAAAGCCACAGAUAUAUUAAGCAUUGAAACACUAUUGAAUGGUUCAGUACAGAAAAUGUCAGAAAAUAAUGGCAAUAGUAAGAAUAUACCAUGUGAUCAUGAAAAAGGGACAAAGAGUCACCCAAUGAAAGACAUCUCCCAGGUUGUGAAGGAUCAGCUUGUGGAUGAUAUGGAGAAUGGCAAUGUUGAAAAUACUCUUGGCAGUCAAAAGGAAGGUGUUGUUAAAAUAGCAGCAACACCCAAAACUCAUGCAUCACUUGAUGUUAGAGAAGCUGAAAAUGAAGGUUGUGUCUGUGAAGCAUUUACAGACAGUUCAGAUGAUUCACGUAUGGACAGUAAAGAGACUAUUCAGUCCUCAGCUGGAUUCAGAAACCCUUCAAAAGAAUGUCAAAGUCAUCUUCAGCCUGAUCAUAACUCUAUUGCUUCCUCGCCUGCCAAAAAGCCUUGUCUUGAAUCUUCCUCAGAAAUUAGUUCUGUAGGCAUGCAAGGUACGGCUUUACAGGCAUCCUUACCUAAUGGUCAACAACACAGAAUAAGCAUUACUGAAAAAUUUGCUGAUUGCUGUGCUACCCUGAAAUCCAGUAAAGCAGAAUGCAUUUCCUCAACCAAUGGUCUUGAUUUGUGCUGUAACUGUGAAUCUGCUGAUUUUGAUAAAAAAACCAUGGAGGAUGGCUCAGUACACAAUUUUGUGAAGGAGAUAAUAGACAUGGCAUCAACAGCUUUAAAAAGUAAGUCACAGCCUGAAUGUGAGUCAUCUGCUCCAGCUUCAUUAGCACAGAUCAAGGAAAAAGUGUUAGAACACUCUCAUAGACCCAUCCAGCUAAGAAAAGGGGACUUCUAUUCUUACCUUUCACUUUCUUCUCAUGAUAGUGACUGUGGAGAGGUAUUCAAAUACAUAGAGGAAAAGAGCAGCACUCCUGUGCCACUGGACUUCACAGAUGAGAGAGAAAAUAUUGAAUGCUUUUUUGAAGCCUGUCCUGAGGAAGAAUGGGUUGAGCAGCAGCAGUCCAUUUCUAAUGGUUCUCCUGAAGCACAAGUUGAGCAGCAGCAACCUAUUUCUAACCCUAUUUCUGAAACAUCUGCAGAGCCACUAGGUGAAGUGACUCCAGAGUCAUUAGAAGUUAAAAGUUCACCUGAAGGUAGGGAUUUAUCUUUUUUAUGUGGGAAUGACAAUAAUAUCAAUGUCCCAAAUCCUAACAAACAUAAUGCAUCAAACAAUUUGAAAAAUGCUGAUGAUGAUUUGCUGAUUUCAGAUGGACAGACUGAAAGUUUUGAAAAGAAUUCUCCAGAGCUUAGCACUAAAAAGAGUAGUACAGGGAAAUCACCUGGAACUGAAGAGCACAAAGGAUGUGUUGCUGCUUCUGAAGAGGCUUCAGCUAUAGAGUUUCAGAUAAAGCCUGGCCAUUCACAGAAAAAGGACGUUUUGCAUCAGAACAGAAAAACUCUUACUUGUGAAGAAAAUCUCCUGAAACUUCAUAAGGAAAGACAUAUAAAUAUGCACAGAUAGAAUGUAACCAUCUCAAGGCACGUACAUUAUUCUAGAAACAGAACUUGGGAAUUCUUCAAAAGUAAUAUAUCAGGCUCUUCUUCCCUCCUCAACUGAGCUGUGGAACCAGAAACAAGCUCCACUCAUUGAUGCUCUUCUACACAGUAAGCCGGCCUUGGGAGGGGUUCAAAAGCACUUGAUGAAGCUGAACCUGCAGUCCUACAAGAAUUUUGGGUGCCUAGCGAGUUGGAGUUCUACAAUAUUUGCAGACAAAACAAGAAGAAUGGCUAAGCAUACUGGAGAAUAAGAGAGAUAAUAAGUCAUCUCUGGAUGUCAGUUUACCAUGAUUCAAAUUCAGUAGGCCAUUAUUAAGAACCCAAUUAUUACAACACAAUGUUAGAACAAAAGCUGAGGUUGUGAUAACAAGAAAUCUUUGCAGCAUCAUUAAAGAGUAUAGUGUGGGGGUAGUGUAGAAUAAAGACCUGAAUACCAAAGCAGAUGGAAACUCAUAGCCACACAGCUUACUGCAAGCUUUGGUUCUAUUUUGUGGUAAGCAUUUUAAAACAUAAAUAAGAUGGUGGAACCCAAGAUGAAAAGGUGGACCUAGUCUCUUCCAAAAUUUGAAAGUGGUUCAGAUCUGGAGUUUCUGACCUCACAUAAAUGCUCAACUAUUACUACACAUUUAACAACAGAAGAAGAUCUACAAAGCAACUUUUGAAUCAGUUCCUAGCAUGUAGCACUGCUGCUGUGAAUCUCACUAGUGGUUCCGUGGCAAAAGCCAGCAUAGCUACAUGGAAUGCCAUUAGUCUUUGGAAACACUCUUCUAGUAGACCACAGCCAGUAUGGCAACUCCAAAUGCCAAUCCAAUUCCAAAUGCCGCUGCUUGCCAGAAGCUGUAGAAAGGCUAAGCAUGGGACCAGGUUUCCCUGGGAAAUUCUGGAAUCUCCAUCCAUGGAGAUUUUCAAAAUUCGAGUGGACAUGUCCCUGAAUAAUCUUGUCUACCUUUGAAAAUAGCCCUUCCUUCAGCAGGAGGUUGGGCCAGCUGACGUUCAAGUUUCCUUCCAACCUAAGUUAUGCUAUGAUUCCUCAAUGUCGCUAGGAGAAAAGGCUGUUAUUCAUCACUGCCCACUGAAACCACUAGUGCUCUCCUAUUGCAACUGCAUAGCUGUAGCAGAGUAUCUUGUCCUGUUUAUACAGAUUGUUUUUCUGCUCUUAGGUAUCUAACUCCCACAUCUCCUGAUUUUGCUAUGGUAUAUUACUACGCUUUGGGCUUUUCAUUUACAUAUAUUGGUGGUUUACCCAGUAUUUGCACAUUCACAUAUGUAAAAAUAUAUCUAGCAAAGCCUUUAGGUUAUGACAGCAAGAGUCUACAGCUUGCCACUAUCUCAACGCAUAUCUAUUUGACUAAUGCAUUGUCUUGGAACAUCAUAGCAAAGAGGAUAUUUCUGGAAUGGCCUUGAAAUAGUCUACCAUGACCUGCUGAUUGUCAAUUAGGUUAAUACUUGGACACAUCCAAACAACCGGAGAAGCACUGGAAAUCAACUAGGAAUUACAAAACUCAUAAAUGAUACAAUGUAUUCUAGAAUCACAUUAAAUGGAUUAUAUGUAUAUAGAAGCUUCUAUUUGGAAAUUGAGAUGCUGACAAAAGUCUGAGGUUGAUAAGUGAUAAUUAUGUAAACAUAAGCUUUCCUAAAUUACUGGUUUAUUAGUUUUCUUAUUUUUUUCACUUAUUUUUAUAAUAUUGAUUUGAGGAAGACUACUUGCUAGAGUGAGUGUGAUUUUAUUCUUGUUCUCAUUCUUUCACUGAUGAAGAUAAUAACAUCUUUUCAAUUCAUUAGUACUUUUCCUCUGAGGAUCUCAAAAUACUUGUAUAAACCUUUCCUCACUUUUCAGAACUUCAUAGUUACUUGCAUGGUAGCCAGUUUUUUCUUUCAUAAGACUGGGAUAUGACAAUGUGCAGUUGGUGUGAGGACACAGAGGAUAGAGUUAUUAAUAAAUGCCCCACAAUGCAAUAAAAUGUAAUGCAGAAUUUGUAUGCAACAAUUUAAUAUGGUUAGGUUAUAGUUUCCAAUUUUUGCCUGGCAGUUGACAAAUUAAUUUGAAGCUAACAAACCCUUCACGCUACAUCCCACUUUUUAUAUUUAGGAAGAUACACUGGUUUCUUAACUGGUACAUAUAGCAUUGCUUCCAUGGAAAUUCUGUUCUGUAUUAUUCCCAAUAGUGAAGUUUGGAAUACAUAUAGUGUAUCUCAGGCACACAAAUAACGAAAAUAUGAGCUGCUAGGUUUGGUUUCACUAAAGUCUGAGCUCCCUUCCCCCAUUCACAAGCUUGAUGUUUUAACUUCAUCUCUCAUGCUAUGGGGAAUGAAUUACAGAAGCAAUCUAUCCUAAUUUGUUAACUUAUUCAAAUAACAGUUAUUAUACUUAACUAUGCUAAAGAUUAUCUUUUUGGUGGCAGAUUGUUUAUUUUUUGAUGAGGCUAAUUACUGAUUUUCCAAAGGUAAUUUACAUUUAUUACUAAUACAUCUUUUAAAAUGUGACAGAUAAAUGUUGUUCCCAUAAGUGUAUUAUGAAAAAAGUUACUAUUUAAAAACACAUUAUUUAAUUUGAAAGAUAAAUGGCAAACACCAUUAUUUUCCCUGUAGCACCUGUGCUGUAAGCUCAUUUAAAUGUGUAAUUCCAUGUGUAGCUGCAAUACUUAGAGAAAAAUAAUCUAUAGUAUAUGUGUACCUUAAAAGCAUACCGAGAAUUCAAAGUUGAAAAAGGCAUGAUUUCAAAUGUAGGUUGAUUUUGUACUGUUUCAGUAUUUACUUUGGCUGUACAGAAGAAUAAAACGAGUAGUGAAUAAAUAUUUUUGCCAAAUAUUGCAGUGCUGUUAUUUAGUAGUGUGCUACCAAAAAAAAAAAUAAUUAAAAAAGACCAUUGUGGGAAAAUUAUAACAAU